UGCUUAUUUUCGCUUGUUUUUCCACACUCAAGCUCUAGUCUGUAGGUGAUAGCAAAUCAGUUCGUUUUGAAUUCAUUUGAAGCAUGCACGUUCGGAUCUUUUGAAAGUGUUUUAUCUUAUUUUGGUCAUAUUUAUUUGGUCUCUAAAUUGUAUGUUAUAUUCGUGCUAAGAAUUCAAGUUCAAGUGAUUAUAAUUAAAAGCCGACAAGAAGUAUACGCGUGCGGUAUUGUUACACAUUUUACUAUCUGGGGUUGAAAAGGUAUACCUACGUAUGUACAUUAUGUUCAUAAUAACGUCUGGUGCCUCCAAAUGCCUUAUCAAUAAAACACCUUAAAACGGAAUACCAGUUGUAAUCAAAUCUUUAAGUCUUGCCUUUUUUUGAUUUGAAGUCACACCUCUUUGUCCUCGUAUAAUAAACCUUGAUUAAGUGCAAUGAUUCGUACAACAUCAUGCCGUCUGACAACCCAGUGUUUAAAUGUUUUGCGUUCAACAACUGUUUCAUCGAACUGUGAGAAAAGAUAUCAAGGUAAUAUUGCCACAGAAAGGUCUGGAGAUGGAGAUAAAAACCUUCAAUUCACCAACGAGGAAGGAUAUUGGAAGACUUCCUCAUUUGAAACGGUUUUUUCACAAAAUACAACAUUAGACAAAUAUGUGUGGAGAAACAUUAAGCAAUGGGAAAACAAAAUCGCAUCAGUUUGUGUUAUCACAGGACGACAAUAUACUUACGCUAAGCUUCGUGAUUCCUGUGCUGCUUUUGCUAUUCAACUACAACAUAAAUUCAAGCUUAACCCACGCGAUGUAAUUGCUAUUUGUUUGCCCAAUUUGCCAGAAUAUCCAAUUGCUUCGUUGGGUUCUAUUGAAGCGGGCUUAACGGUUACAACUGUAAAUCCACUAUACACUGCAGAGGAAAUUGGAAGACAACUUACAAUGAGCAAUGCUAAAUGUGUAAUUGGUACCGUGAAGUAUUAUAACGUACUUAAAAAUGCAUGCUCUAUCGCUAAGAAAAAUUUACCUAUCAUCGUUAUUCCCACCAAGAACAACGAGUCAAUACCAGCUGGUGCUAUUAAUUUCUUCGAAAUAAUUAACACAGCUAAUGUUGAUUACAGUCUACUAAAAGACGCAGGAAUCAGUCCCAAGGAUGUGGUUCUUCUACCAUUUUCGUCAGGUACGACUGGCCUUCCAAAAGGAGUGCAGUUGUCUCAUGAGAAUAUCACAAUAAAUUGUGAACAAAUACAGGCUAAGCUUCCUGAUGAAGCUUCUGUGUUGGAAACCACAGAAACACAACAAGAAGUGAUACCUUGUGUCCUGCCCUUUUUUCAUAUUUAUGGUUUGACGGUUGUUAUGUUGUCAAAAUUGUUCCUCGGUAUAAAACUAGUAACACUUCCUCAAUUUAAACCUGAAGAUUUGAUUAAGGCACUUCAUGAGUAUAAAGGGACAUCUUUAAAUUUGGUACCACCAAUUGCUAAUUUUUUGACGAACUCCCCAAAGGUUACACCGGAACAUCUUGCCCAUCUUAGAAUGUUCAUGUCUGGAGCAGCUCCAAUUGGACAGGCAGAUGUAGAACGCAUGCUAAAAAAGUUUCCAAACACGAAGUUUAUGCAGGGAUACGGAAUGACUGAACUAUCUCCAGUUGCUAUGAUAACACCCAAUAAUUGUGUCAAGUACGGUUCAAUAGGACAACUAGUAUCUAAUACUGAAGCCAAAAUUGUCUCUCUAGAAGGCGAUGAUGGUAAAGGUUUGGGUCCAAAUGCUACCGGUGAGCUUUUAGUCCGAGGACCUCAGACAAUGAUUGGUUAUUUAAAUAAUGACGAAGCCAAUAAAGACAUAUUCCGAGAAGGAACUAAUGGAUCAGGAAAAUGGCUACGUACAGGAGAUGUGGCAUAUUAUGAUGAGGACGGCUUAUUCUACAUAACCGACCGCAUGAAGGAAUUAAUUAAAGUUAAAGGCUUCCAAGUGCCACCAGCGGAACUUGAAGAGUGCUUACGCAAUCACCCGAAAAUUUUGGAAGCUGGAGUAAUUGGUAUUCCUCACAGCAGGCAUGGAGAAAUACCGAGAGCAUUUGUUGUUCUAAAACCUAACGUUGAAGCUACUGAAGAAGAAAUUAUAGAAUUUGUAGCAGAAAGGGUAGCUCAUUAUAAACAUUUGGAAGGUGGAGUGCAGUUCAUAAAGGAAUUACCUAAAAAUUCCACAGGGAAAAUUUUACGAAAAGAUUUAAAGUCUAUGUAGUUUAAAAAAUGUUUUAUAUUAUUUUGUUAAAAAAAUAUAUAAAUGUGUAUGUUUAUAUUUUUAUACAGAAACCUAA